AUGGAAGUCUGGCUCUGUGUUCUAUCUUUUUGUCUGCUUUCUUUCUUCCCUCUCUCUAUUUCGGCAGAGGCCACCUGCAACCUGAAGGCCAAGUUCAACCUGAGUGGAUACAAGGAUAUCAAGAAGAAGGUGGUGAUUGGGGGCAUGUUUCCCAUUCACAUGCGAAUAGCCUCCAGUGAUGGUAACACUUCGAGGGUCCCGGUGUCUGCUGGCUGUGAGGGUUUUAACUUUCGGGCGUUCCGCUGGACCCAAACUAUGCUUUUUGCCAUUAACGAGAUUAACAACAGACAGGACCUGCUCCCAAAGACUGACCUGGGCUAUGUCAUCUACGACUCCUGUUUCACCAUCUCCAAGGCCGUGGAGGGCACCCUCACCUAUCUGACCGGACAGGAUGAGGCUGUACCCAACUACCGCUGUGGCUCUGGCCCACCCUUGGGUGCUCUGGUGGGGGCAGGAGGAUCUGAUCUCUCUAUUGCUACAGCCAGGAUUAUGGGGCUCUAUCAUUUUCCACAAAUCAGUUACUGCUCAACCUGCAGCGCUCUGAAUAACAAGUUCCAGUUCCCCACUUUUCUGAGAACGGUCCCCAAUGACAUGUACCAGUCCACAGCCAUGGCCCAGCUCGUACUGCACUUUGGCUGGACAUGGGUGGGCACCAUCGCUGCGGACGACGACUACGGCAAAUACGGCAUCAAAGAUUUCAAAGAGCAAGUGGAGGAAGCUGGCGUCUGCAUCUCCUUCUCUGAGAUUCUACCUAAGGUGCACUCUCCUGAGGACAUCCAGCGCAUUGUCGAGACGGUGGUAGAGUCCACAGCCAAGAUCAUCGUGGUGUUCUCCUCUGAAGUGGACCUGAGCCCUCUGAUCGGAGAACUGCUGCGGCACAACGUCACCAAUCGAACCUGGAUCGCCAGCGAGGCCUGGAUCACCUCCGCUCUCAUCAACCAGCCUGGGGUGAGCUCUUUGCUUGGUGGGACCCUGGGGUUUGCAGUGAAAAUGGCUGAUAUACCUGGUCUAGAGGAAUAUCUGCUGGAUGUGGACCCAUAUGAUCCACUUACAGAGGAAUUCUGGGAAACGUACUUUCAGUGCACACUAAGGUUCAACAGUGCUCUUAAGCAGUCCAGGCUAUGGGCCAGUCAGGGCAACAGCACACUGUCCCGAGCGGGAGUGCCUGGGGGCAUGUGCUCAGGACUGGAGUUACUAAACAAAAUCAAUAACACAUACUGGGACGUUUCACAGCUACGAAUCACCUACAGUGUCUAUAAAGCAGUCUAUGCUGUGGCCCAUGCGUUACACAACCUGGAACAUUGCGAGGAGGGCAAGGGGCCAUUCACCGGGAACACCUGUGCUAACAUAUCCAGCUUCGAACCAUGGCAGUUGAUGUACUACAUGAAGAAUGUGGAGUACACAGUGCCAACAGGGGAGAGCAUCUACUUUGACGAUGGAGAAGUGGAGGCCUACUAUGACAUCAUUAACUGGCAGGUAAACAGUGACGGGGAGGUCUUCUAUGUGACUGUGGGACAUUACAACGCCUCAGCAAAUAACAGCAUGAUCAUCAGAAAUGACUCAAUCAUAUGGAACAGCCAGGAGCCCACGCCUCCAAAGUCAGUCUGCAGUGAAAACUGUCAACCAGGCACCAGGAAAGGAAUCCGCCAAGGAGAGCCGGUCUGCUGCUUUGACUGCAUCCCAUGUGCUGAUGGAGAGAUCAGUAACCUGACCAAUGCUCGAGAAUGCAUUCUGUGCCAUGAGGACUACUGGUCCAACAAGGCCCAUGAUGAGUGUGUGCCUAAGAUCAUUGAGUUCUUGGCUUUUGGAGAGCCCCUCGGCAUCACCCUCAUCGUCAUCUCUGCGUUUGGGGCCUUCCUCACCAUCGCUGUUGGGGUGGUGUUUAUAGUUAAUGUGAACACUCCUUUGGUGAAGGCCAAUGACCCAAUGCUGAGCUUCAGCCUGCUUUUCUCUCUGGUGGUGACAUUCCUCUGUUCCAUUGUUUUCCUGGGAAGACCUCAGCACUGGAGCUGCAUGACCAGCCAAGUGGCCCUGGCCUUGGGCUUUGCUCUCUGCUUGUCAUCCAUCAUGGGUAAGGCGGCGGUGCUCAUGCUGCGUGCGCUGGCCUUGAAGGCUUCCCGGGCCAGAACCAAAGCAGCUGCUAAAGCAGCCAAAGCUGCAGCUGAAGCAGCAGCCAGCAGUGGCAGUCCUGACGUCAUAGUAACCAACACUAACAACAACAUCGAUGUGAGCGCAGUCCCAGAGAAAGACAAACUUACGUGUGGCCACCAGAGGGCGAUGGCUGUUAUGGCUACUUUAUUACAGGCCAUAGCGUGCACUGUGUGGCUACUGACAUUCCCCCCUCACCCCAUCAAGAACACAUCGGCUCAGAACAUUAAGAUCAUUCUUGAGUGUCAUGAGGGCAACGUGAUCUUCAUAUGUUGCAUCUUCGCCUACGACAUCCUGCUGGCUCUGCUCGCCUUCAUUUUCGGUUUCAUCGCCCGCAAACUGGAGGACCACUUCAAUGAGGGGAAGUGUGUGACAUUUGGAAUGCUGGUCUUCUUCAUCGUUUGGAUCUCCUUUGUCCCAGCUUACCUCAGCACAAGGGGGAAGUUCAUGGUGGCUGUCCAGAUCUUUGCAAUUCUUGCCUCCAGCUUUGGACUGCUUACAUGCAUCUUCUUACCAAAGUGCUACAUAAUCCUAGUUAAACCCGAACGCAACACUGAGGCACUGAUCAGAACGCGCUCCAAACCCCGGGACUCCGCCCUGACUGGGACCUCUGUGUCUCUGGGCACAGCAGCCACUGACAUCAACUCAACCAUCGCCUCCACAGCUAUCGAUGAUUAG